AUGGCCUUUUUAAGGUCUGGCUGGCAAAAAAUCGCCACCGUCUUCGGUAGCAAUAAUGGUGGAUUACUUUCAAGAUUCUUGACCAGCAAUAUACCAUCUGUUAAUAAACCUCUGAUAGACACAAAUCAAGAUAUAAUUUCCACUUGUAAUAAAUUAAUAGAAGACAAAUCUUCAAGGAAUUUUGCCAUUGUGCAUUUAUUAGCAAGCAAAGACUUUUCAUUGAUUGGAAGACCUGUGGUUCAACCUGGUUUGGUUACUGUUACUGCUACUAUUAUAUCUAAAGGAUUGGCACACACUAAAAUACAUUUUAAGAAGAAGCGUAGGAAACAGUUUAUGAGAAUUAAUUUCCAAAGACCACAGCAAACAAUGUUAAGAAUUAACUCUGUUGUAAUUAAUAAUACCAUUAAUGAAGCUCCUAAGAAUGAAUUUUAG